GAAACUGGACUAGAUUAUCAUAUUUGAUAUUUACUGAUUAGAAAUUAAAGGUUAUUCUGCUUGAAAACCUUUAUUCAGUAAGGUUCGUGAACAGUUUAUAUUUUUCUGAUCUUCUAAAUUAUCAUUUAGUUUAGUAAUUUUGCUCAUUGUGACCAUGCCUCAAAUAACUCGAUUAGCUUUCUUUGCGCUGCUGUUAAUAUGUUUAUCUACAAUUCAAGCAAAUAGUGAAACACGAAUCAUCGUCGAUAAAACUGAGGAAAACGUUGAAGUUGAAAAUUUAUCUAGAGAUGGACGAGGUGUUUUAGCUGGAAGUGAAGGUGAUGCUCUUUUUGGAAUAGUGGAAGACUUUUACGCUGAAUGCAAGCUUCUCAUAACAAAUUUCAUCAAAGAUUUUUGUGAAACGUAUAAACUACCAGGAGACUUGAUAAAUUUGAUUGUAAAUUUAAUCCAUCCACUUGGAUAUUCGCCAGAAUAUGAUUCGGAGAUCGGAAGCUACACAGAACAACAUGGAUUGCCAAAACCAAAAUAUAGCUCACCAAGGCCUUAUCCACCACCACAAGCCCACCAUCGACCAGGUCAUCCACGCUACUGAAAUAAGCAAAAAACAAUAUUAACAGAAACUUAUAAACAAAAUGUAAUUGACAAACUAAAACUGUAACCUUUUAAAUUUCAAUGAAACUUACGUUUGUUAAUAAAUGAAACAAUAAAAAGAAACCAGUUUACCACCUAA